UAACCCUGGAAAGCCACGGAUGUGGUGGGCAUGACUCACAGUGACAUCUGGGGCUGACAGGCAGAGAGCUGGAACUGCAUGAACUUGCCCCCGGACAAAGUCCAGCUGCUGAGCCAGUAUGACAACGAGAAGAAGUGGGAGCUCAUCUGUGAUCAGGAGCGGUUUCAAGUCAAGAACCCCCCUGCAGCCUACAUCCAGAAGCUGAAGAGUUAUGUGGAUACUGGUGGGGUCAGCCGAAAGGUAGCAGCUGAUUGGAUGUCCAACCUGGGGUUUAAGAGGCGAGUUCAGGAGUCCACCCAGGUGCUUCGGGAGCUGGAGACCUCCCUGAGGACAAACCACAUUGGGUGGGUGCAGGAGUUCCUCAACGAAGAGAACCGCGGCCUGGAUGUGCUCCUCGAGUACCUGGCCUUUGCCCAGUGCUCUGUCACGUAUGACAUGGAGAGCACAGACAAUGGGGCUUCCAACUCAGAGAAAAACAAGCCCCUGGAGCAGUCGGUGGAAGACCUCAGCAAGGGUCCGCCCUCCUCUGUGCCCAAAAGCCGCCACCUGACCAUCAAGCUGACCCCCGCCCACAGCAGGAAGGCCCUGCGGAAUUCCCGCAUCGUUAGCCAGAAGGACGAUGUCCACGUCUGCAUUAUGUGCCUGCGUGCCAUCAUGAACUACCAGUCUGGCUUCAGCCUUGUCAUGAACCACCCAGCCUGUGUCAAUGAGAUUGCUCUGAGCCUCAACAACAAGAACCCCAGAACCAAGGCUCUGGUGCUGGAGCUGCUGGCGGCCGUGUGCUUGGUGCGGGGAGGACAUGACAUCAUCCUUGCAGCCUUUGACAACUUCAAGGAGGUGUGUGGGGAGCAGCACCGCUUUGAAAAGCUGAUGGAAUAUUUCCGGAAUGAGGACAGCAACAUCGACUUCAUGGUGGCCUGCAUGCAGUUCAUCAACAUUGUGGUACACUCGGUGGAGAACAUGAACUUCCGUGUCUUCCUGCAAUAUGAGUUCACCCACUUGGGCCUGGACCUGUACUUGGAGAGGCUUCGGCUUACCGAGAGUGACAAGCUGCAGGUGCAGAUCCAGGCGUACCUGGACAAUGUUUUUGAUGUGGGGGCACUACUGGAGGACACAGAGACCAAGAACGCUGUGCUGGAGCACAUGGAGGAACUGCAGGAGCAGGUGGCGCUGCUGACAGAGCGGCUUCGGGACGCGGAGAACGAAUCCAUGGCCAAGAUUGCAGAACUGGAAAAACAGCUAAGCCAGGCGCGCAAGGAGUUGGAGACCCUGCGGGAGCGCUUCAGCGAAUCGACCGCCAUGGGCGCCUCCAGGCGUCCCCCCGAGCCUGAGAAAGCACCUCCCGCUGCCCCGAUGCGGCCCUCGGCCCUGGAGCUGAAGGUGGAGGAGCUGGAGGAGAAGGGGUUAAUCCGUAUCCUGCGGGGGCCGGGGGAUGCUGUCUCCAUCGAGAUCCUCCCCGUCGCUGUGGCAACUCCAAGCGGCGGUGAUGCUCCGACUCCGGGGGUGCCGACCGGCUCCCCCAGCCCAGAUCUCGCACCUGCAGCGGAGCCGGCUCCCGGAGCAGCGCCGCCGCCGCCGCCCCCACUGCCCGGCCUCCCCUCCCCGCAGGAAGCCCCGCCCUCGGCGCCCCCACAGGCCCCGCCUCUCCCUGGCAGCCCAGAGCCCCCGCCGGCGCCGCCGCUGCCCGGAGACCUUCCGCCCCCACCCCCGCCACCGCCACCACCUCCGGGCACUGACGGGCCGGUGCCUCCGCCGCCGCCGCCUCCGGGAGGUCCUCCUGAUGCCUUAGGAAGACGCGACUCAGAAUUGGGCCCAGGAGUGAAGGCCAAGAAGCCCAUCCAGACCAAGUUCCGAAUGCCCCUCUUGAACUGGGUGGCACUGAAACCCAGCCAGAUCACCGGCACCGUCUUCACAGAGCUCAAUGAUGAGAAGGUGCUGCAGGAGCUGGACAUGAGCGACUUUGAGGAACAGUUCAAGACCAAGUCCCAAGGCCCCAGCCUGGACCUCAGCACUCUCAAGAGUAAGGCAGCCCAGAAGGCCCCCAGCAAGGCAACACUCAUUGAGGCAAACCGGGCCAAGAACUUGGCCAUCACCCUGCGGAAGGGCAACCUGGGGGCCGAGCGCAUCUGCCAAGCCAUUGAGGCGUACGACCUGCAGGCUCUGGGCCUGGACUUCCUGGAGCUGCUGAUGCGCUUCCUGCCCACAGAGUAUGAGCGCAGCCUCAUCGCCCGCUUUGAGCGGGAGCAGCAGCCGAUGGAGGAGCUGUCGGAGGAGGACCGCUUCAUGCUACACUUCAGCCGCAUCCCGCGCCUGCCGGAGCGCAUGACCACACUCACCUUCCUGGGCAACUUCCCAGACACAGCCCAGCUGCUCAUGCCGCAACUGAAUGCCAUCAUUGCAGCCUCAAUGUCCAUCAAGUCCUCUGACAAACUCCGCCAGAUCCUGGAGAUCGUCCUGGCCUUUGGCAACUACAUGAACAGUAGCAAGCGUGGCGCAGCUUAUGGCUUCAGGCUCCAGAGCCUGGAUGCGCUGUUGGAGAUGAAGUCGACUGACCGCAAGCAGACGCUGCUGCACUACCUGGUGAAGGUCAUUGCUGAGAAGUACCCGCAACUCACAGGCUUCCACAGCGACCUGCACUUCCUGGACAAGGCAGGCUCAGUGUCCCUGGACAGUGUCCUGGCAGACGUGCGCUCCCUGCAGCGAGGCCUAGAGUUGACACAGAGGGAGUUUGUGCGGCAGGAUGACUGCGUGGUGCUCAAGGAGUUCCUGAGGGCCAACUCGCCCACCAUGGACAAGCUGCUAGCAGACAGCAAGACGGCUCAGGAGGCCUUUGAGUCCGUGGUGGAAUACUUCGGAGAGAACCCCAAGACCACAUCCCCGGGCCUGUUCUUCUCCCUCUUUAGCCGCUUCGUUAAGGCCUACAAGAAAGCUGAGCAGGAGGUGGAACAGUGGAAAAAAGAAGCCGCUGCCCAGGAGGCAGGCGUUGAUACCCUGGGCAAAGGGGAGCCCCCAGCACACAAGUCACCGCCAAAGGCCCGGCGGGCACAGAUGGACCUAAUCUCUGAGCUGAAACGGAAGCAGCAGAAGGAGCCACUCAUUUAUGAGAGCGACCGUGACGGGGCCAUUGAAGACAUCAUCACAGAUCUGCGGAACCAGCCCUACAUCCGCGCAGACACAGGCCGCCGCAGUGCCCGCCGGCGUCCCCCAGGCCCCCCACUGCAGGUCACGUCCGACCUCUCGCUGUAGCCGCUAUUUCUGCAGGUGGAUUCUGCAAGGGUGUGGGGCCGUGGACAGGCUGAGGCUCAAGGAAGGUGGUCCUCAGCUCGGCUGGCCGGGCAGCCCCUCCUCCGCUGUGGCCCGCCUCAAACGGGCUGGUGCAUCCUCCUCUUGCCACAGAGGGCAAAUGCUGCUUGCAGCACCCACCCCAAAGCCCCCUCCAAAUAGCCAUACUUAGCCUCAGCAGGAGCCUGGCCUGUAACUUAUAAAGUGCACCUCGCCCCCGCAAGCCCCAGCGCCGAGGACCGUCCAUGGACCUUAUUUUUAUACGAGAUUAAUAAAGAUGUUUGCAAAA